AUGACAAUUUGUGAUAUGAAAUUGUUUUCUAGAGAAUUUCACAAAUCUCCGUCAUUACCGAAGACAGUAUCAUCAGAUCGACGCCGUGCUUUUCCACCGACUCCAUCCGGAUGUAUUCCGAAGCAUAGCCAUAAUCGUCCUCCAAAUGAUACUCAAAUGACGGAUGCAACCGUUUCUUCUAAUAAUUGUAUAUGUAAUAGGCCAGCUAGUCAUAUUGUUUGUACCAAAUGCGGGUUUGAACUUGUUGGACGACUUCAAAAAGUUUGUCCAGAUCAUCCAAAGAAAUUGGCACUCAUGGAUCAUCGUGAAUGUCCAAACAGGCUAUGCAAAAGUAUUCACUUAAUUGAAGUAUCACUUCAACAUUAA